AUGAGUGGACAAAAAAAACUGCUCAUUCAAUUUCUUAAGAAAAUACUAAUUCUAAAUAAUCUAAUAAAACACUCAAUGAAAUAUAAGAACUUGAUGAAAGCUAAUAAUAAAAAUCAAUCUUCAUAAUAGAAUUAAGAUGAACAAAUAGUAUAAGACUAACCUAUAUAAUAAAACUAAGAAUACAAGGAAGAACAAAUUAUUUAGGAUUAAAAAAAUAAUGAAGAGGUUGAAGAUUUUAUUGAAGAUUAUAAUUAUUUUAAUUGA